UGAGACCGCGGACACCAAGAGAGCAGGUCGGGAGACGGCAGCCGACGAGUUCCAGUUUUUUCCAGACAAGGCAGGGAGACUGGCAAGACCAAGUGCCUUCUGUAGCGCUCUCAUCUUCGGCUUCAGGCGAGCCCAUCUUCUCAGUGUCUGCGAAAAGAGCAAAGGAGCGUGGCGCACUGGCGGGUGCGACCAGUUGGUUCCCAGACGAUCCCACGCGCGACCGGGAGAUUCCUUUGCAUCCUUGGGCCACGCCUCUCUCUCUCACACACAAUCUCCCCCCUCCCCUCCCCCAAUUAUUCAUUCAUUCCACUCCUUCCCCCGGCAAACGGCAGCCUUUCAGAUAAAGGAUCCUGAGGCAGGCGCGCACCUGUCUCCACAGAAGACCCAGACUGUCUGCCUUUUACUCCAGCGAGGAGGAGGAAGAGGAAGAGGAGGAGGAAGAGGAAGAGGAGGAGGAGAAAAGCGAGCGAGCGCGCCCCUGCCGUGAGUCCGACUAUGAGACCCCAAAGCCGCAAGCUGACGUCUGAGACCGUCUCCUUCUUACCCCGGCUGGUCUUCCAGAUCUUCUCCUUCAGCAUCGUCUAUCUGUUCCAGCGACAAUCGCCCUGCCCCCAAACGGUGGGCUCUUCUUCUCCCUCUUCCCCUCCAAAAGCAAUCUCCCUUCCGAAACAGUAACAGAAAGGGGCUGGCUGCAUUAAGAGACCUCCCCCCCCCGCGACCCCCCCCAGCCAAAUCGCAACUGACCCUAAAGAAAGCUGGAUUUCGCGAACUUCGCCGCCUCCUCCUGCCCCGUCUCCCCGCAGCCACGCUGGUGGCUGCAAAGCAAAGGCUGUGCGCGCUUUGUAUGAUCCUCGUGGCGACUCCUGGAACGAUCUGCCUCAAGAUUGCUACUGAUCAUACUUGAAGGCUUUGCUCGAAGGAAGCAGCAGCCUGCAGAAGUGUGUGUGUGUGUGUGUGUGUGUGUGUGUUCGUGUGUGCCUGUGCGCGUGCCUGGUGAAAAUUUGCAUCAUUUGGGGGUGGGGGAGAGCCGCCGUGGCGCUUGCAAGCUGGUCAGUUUCCUUCCCCACUUACCGGAAGUUCUUCCUCCGUUCCAAAGAGGCAGCGCCCCAAAAAGAAGUCUUCUUGGGACGUGGCUGAUGCUGUGCCGGCAUCCUACCGGCGCACACCUGGACCGGCCACAUCUGGAGACGGGACCCGCUGGCCUCUCCCGGGAGGGACAGCCCAGUCGCACAUGGAUUGGAAGGGGCGUGCCGCCGUCCCGCCGCCCCUCUGAUGGGACCCCUCUUCGCGUCCUUAGCCCGCUCCCCCUGGGGCUCGACAAGUGCGGAAUAAACCCCAACCCGAGCGGGGAAGGGCGAUUGCGGGGAGACAGGUGGCGGGGCGGGCAAGAUCCGCUCUCCCCGACGGACUCGACUUCCCUCUUGGCUUUCCCUUGCUAAGAGGGCGGGGAGGGAGUUUUGGGGAGUUUGGGAAAACUGUGGGCGGCGGCGUGGAGGGGGGGACCUGCCUCUGGUCCUCGGGCUGAGCCUCCUUUCGACUCCUCGGGUGGGCAAGAUCUGGUUUCCUGAAGAGGUGCCCUUGAUGGCCCUGCGCGCCGGGACAGCUUGGUUUGGACAGGUCUUGCGCAGAGUUUGCCGGCUGCAAGGUCCGUGGUCGAGACGCUCCAGCAGCCUUCUGUGCCUGUCCGCCUCACAGGAGCCCGAUCCGCGAGGCGGAGAGCAGCAGCAACAGCCAGAGCAGCAGCAGCGGCGGCAGCAGCCCGAGCAGCCGCCGCCACCGCGCUUUCAGCACCAAGGACAGCAGCUUCCUCGAGGAAGCCCACCGAGCCCCGCCAGGCGCCGCUUGCAGCUCGCCUCGCUCGGCGGCUGCCUCUGUUGCACCCUGUCGGAUCUCCGGGCGGCCAGGGGGGGACAUGGUCCCCUCCGUGGGCCCUUCCUGGCGGCCAUGAAGAGGCAGAACGUGCGGACCCUCUCCCUGAUCAUCUGCACGUUCACUUACCUGCUGGUGGGGGCGGCCGUCUUUGAUGCCCUGGAGUCCGACCACGAAAUGCGCGAAGACGAGCAGCUGAAAGCCGAGGAGACCCGGCUCAAGGGGAAGUACAACAUCACCAACGACGACUACCAGCAGCUGGAGGAGAUUAUCAUGCAGUUGGAGCCCCACCGGGCAGGGGUCCAGUGGAAAUUCGCAGGGUCUUUCUACUUUGCCAUCACAGUUAUCACCACCAUAGGUUAUGGACAUGCUGCCCCAGGAACAAAUGCUGGGAAGGCUUUCUGCAUGUGCUACGCUGCCCUGGGCAUCCCGUUGACCCUGGUCAUGUUCCAGAGCCUUGGCGAACGCAUGAACACCUUUGUCAAGUACCUCUUGCAGCGGAUGAAAAGGUGCUGCAGGAUGAGGAGCACUGAUGUCUCCAUGGAGAACAUGGUGGCUGUCGGAUUCUUUUCGUGCAUAGGGACCCUCUGCAUAGGAGCAGCGGCCUUCUCCCACUGCGAGGAGUGGAGCUUUUUCCAGGCCUUCUACUACUGCUUUAUAACAUUGACUACAAUAGGGUUUGGGGACUACGUGGCCCUUCAGACAAAAGGAGCCCUCCAGAGGAAGCCGCUCUACGUGGCCUUUAGCUUUAUGUACAUCCUAGUAGGCUUGACAGUCAUUGGGGCAUUCCUCAAUCUGGUUGUUCUCAGGUUGUUCAUGAACAUCGAGGAAGAGAGGCGGGAGGCUGAGGAACGUGCCUCCCAGGCAGGGAACCGUAACAGCAUGAUCAUCCACAUCCAAGAAGAUUCCCAGCAUGGGCGGCCGAGGUACAAGGCCGAGGUGACGGACCUCCAGUCGGAUUGCUCCUGCAUGUGCUACAGGUCCCACGAAUACACCAGCCGGGUUGUGUCCCACCAAAACUCCUUCAGCUCCAAGUUGAACCUCCAGUACUUUCACUCUAUCUCCUACAAGAUAGAGGAGAUCUCGCCAAGCACAUUAAAAAACAGCCUUUUCCCAUCUCCUGUAAGCUCCAUCUCUCCUGGCUUGAACAGCUUCACAGACAGCCACAGGCUGAUGAGACGGCGGAAGUCCAUCUGAAGUCCUUUGUCCUUGGGGUUUUUGAUCUUUUAUUCCUAAGAUUGCUUUGUUUGUUUUUUUAAAAAGGAAUUCCUCGUGUAAGUCAGAGCGAGGCUAAGAUUAUUCAAGGAAAUCAAGCAAAGGAAUAGACAUCCUUCCUCUGAGACUCAGCUCUGGAGCAAAGUAUGCCUUACAUUUAUGUCCCCGCCCCUCGGUAGUCUGAAGAUUCGAGGUGAUGGGAAGUGGGUAUCCAAAUUCCAAAGUUGCACAUAUUAGUGGGGAGCUUUCAAUGUGCCCUCGGGCACUUUUUGACCUAAUGAACUCUUUUCCUUCACAAGCAGGUCACUCUGUGUGUGUGUGUGAGUGAGAGUGAGAGAGCACGAGUGUGCCUGUGUGUGGCGUGUCUGGGUUAGGGUAUAGGUGCACACGCACAAUUCCACUACCAGUGCCAUGUGACUAACAAAGUAUAUAUCAAAGCAUCAGGUAUUGGUUUUGUUUUCUUUCGAUUCUUCCUUUGAAGAACUUGUAUUCUGGCCUGCUUUUUGGCUUCCAAAACAUGGCAGGGGCUGCGGGAACGGGAAAAAGCUGCUAUUCUCUUUUGUUCCGUUUGCUGAGUCAAGCAUGCACCAUAAACGGUCAAUAUACCAAGUGUAUCAUGGUGAUUUUUUAUUUUUAUUUAAUGCUAGAUUUUAUUAGAUGUUUUGUUUCCAGGAAGGUUCAAGGCAGGAAAGAAGGAUUGCUUUUGCUUGCCGGAUCAAAUCCUUACAACCCCCCCCGCAAACAUAUAUUUUUAAAAAAAUCUACAGCAUGCAUUUUGUAGAACUGGUAUGCAUUAAGACAAUACAAAAGGAAAACAAAACCCUUGAAAAGAUGGGAUUAAUACUCUAAAGCAAAUAAUAUGGUUUUAAAAUCAGUUUCUUUUAAUUCUUUGUUAUUGUUCCAACUAUAUGCCACAACACAGAAGGUUUUUCUUUUCUGAGGGGGGAAUUGUUGGAACUGAAGAGUAUCUAUUUUAUUAUUUCUUAUUUAUACAGUUUUGUAUAAAAUUAAAUUUUAUGUUAUCAUGUGCUUGUGUGUGUGUGUGAGUGAGAGAGCCUGAAUGUGUGUACGUGUGCAGAAUCAGAUGCAUGCAUAGGAAUUAUAUUUUUGGGAAUGCUUGGACACGGAUGGUAUACAGAGGUGGGUGUAUCCCCCCUUUUUUCUUAUAUAUAAAAAACAGGGCAUUCCUUGUUUAAAUUAUUAUUAUAAUAAAAGAUCGUCUCUAAAUGCUUUUGAUUUGUAAAUAACGGAAAGCCUUGGUUGGCCUCAGGAAGGAUUCAAGAGAGAGUGUCUCAUGCUUUGACCUUCUGGGAACGUUUAAACCCUGACAAUCUUUUGCUGAGCGAAUGUGUUCAAUUGAGGCAACUGCGGGUGUCAAUACUUGCUCUGCUUUGACCCUUUGAAUGAUUGCACUGGAAUUGAGUUGCUUUAGCAGCCCUUCGAACCAUUUUGUUCAAGGAAUACAAGAUCUAGGAAGCACUGGCUUAAUGGUGAAGCGUACUUGCAGUCCAGAAAUUCCAAAAACAGUUGAAAACAGCUAGGGUUAUCUAGAGAAAUGGGCUCAUUUAGAAUGGAAAAGCUUAUCUGUGCGCUAAGUACCCCAUGACAUGAAGAAGCUUGCCUGUUGCUGUCUCUGCAAGAGUCCCUGUUCUGGCUUGGCUUCCUUCCAGCCAUUCAACCUCAUUUUUGUGAGAUGGCAAUUCUGCUGUAUGUCUGCAUUGGGUCUGCGAAGGGAUCGUUCACUUGCUCCCAAAGCAACUGUGCUUUUCAUCAGCCCAAUGGCCAUUCUGUGUUUUGUGCCCGUGUUUGAACCAUUAUGUAACAAUCCAGUUUAUCCUAUCGUAUUACAUUUCAGCACCAGAGCGAGGGAGGGAGGGAUUUAGUUUGCUCAGGGCAUGGUUAAAAUGUUUUUGACAGAGCAAGCUGCGAAGCAGGGAUGAGACAUGCCAUAAUGAAGCAAGGCAAGCAGAAGGCUAAUAUGAUGCUGUGAUUUUCUGAGAGUUGCACUGGCCUCAGCAAAAGGCUUUCACAAGGCUUCAGGGUCUGGAGUUUUCUAUAUUGGUUCAUCUUUCUCACUUGGUAAAUAUAGAGAUCUGAAGGCCUAGUAUUCAUCCCUUCCAUUUCUUGUACCCUCUGGCCCAGUGUAAGGGGAAAUUGUAAAAUUGCAGAACGACGGGUGAAGUGAAAUAAACAAUACACUUAUGAUGACAUGUUUAUUUUUGAGGAUGGGGAAACUACUGUAUUUUUCACUCUAUAAGACGCACCAGACCACAAGACGCACCCAGUUUUUGGAGGAGG